AUGGCGAUAUCAAGCAAAAUACAAGUAAUUAGAGAUAUACUUGUUGUCAACAGAUGGUGGAACGCUGUAGUGACUAAAAGUCUAAUUCAACCGAUCACCGUGAUCCCGCACGACACGCCCACAGUAGAAGCACUCGCCACUCUCAAGACCUCCGCCGCGCCCGCGUUAGCCGUCGUGGAUGAACAGGGAGCGCUAAUCGGCGUGGUGACGGCGGACUACGCGCGCCGGCGGUUGACCAACCUUUUUGGCACCAUGUCGGAUGAGCUGAGCAAGUUCACUCAGAAGAAGUUCUACUCAGCGGAUGUGACGCAGGCGCCAGCGCUUGGCUUCGUAUCGCGGAUGCUGGACAUCGCCCCCUUCGUCGUCAUCGUUGAAUCUGUUUCCACCACAAAGAAACCUAUUGGAAUCUUGACAUCAGAUGAUCUGCUGCGCCUCGUCACAGACAAAAGCCUGAACCUCAGCUGCUCAUAAUGCAACUAUGCAACAUACAUGAAUCACAUCUACUCAAAUGUUAUCAAAUAUAAUUUAUAUUCAGUAUUGAUAAACCAUUGUUAAUGUACUGUAUCUAAUUGGUAUACAAAAAUGUGCAUGUUUAGAACUAAGUGAAAUACAAGGUCACAAAUUAAAUAACUUCCUUGGCAAAUUGAAUGUUUGUUUGUAAAUAUUUGUACAAAUUAUGGUUUUACAGCAUUUAAGGGGGAAUUUUUUGGACCAUAUCUAUAAGGUUUUAUCUUAGGCAUUUAUGACAUGAAACUGAUUAU